AUGGCGCUGAAGAAGUACAGAGAGACUGAACAAAGCAUUGAAGAGGCUAAACAGCUGUAUUCACCAGACUACUUCAAAACGAAAAAGUUCACAGCGCCAGAAAUCCCAUCAUGGAAACGUGAACUACUAGCAAAACGCUUUUCCAGUGAAGCAAUAACAAACUUCGAAGAGAAAGCUUGGAGGAAUUUUUUGGAAUGGAAAAAGCGGAAUGCUCCUUCAAUCAAUCUCCUUCCACCAGAACCAUAUGCUCGUCAGUGGUCGUGA